AUUUCUAAUUUCACUUUCUUUUUUAUUUUGUAUUUUCACAUCCCUUCUAUUUUCUUGAGUUUGAACUUUAAACUCAAGAGCCCGCCUCUUACAGUUCAAUCUCCAUUUUUUUUGUUGAAGCUGAGAUUGCAGAACAAGGUAAAUGAGCGAUUAGUUCAACUUAAGAGCAAAUUGACUAGCCUAUUUCCAUGCCUCCACUUACUAUGAAGAGAGAAAAUUCAGUAAUUUCUGCUGAAAACGAGCCCAUGGUUCGAAUUACAAGAUCUCGAGCUGCUGCCCCUAAAAAAUCCACGCUUGCACGUUGCGCAGAACUGCCAAAGCCACGGGGUCAGAAAUGUUCUCUGCAGAUAAAUUCUAACACAGCAGUCCUCAGGGAGAGGAAGAAGAAUGCUCUACUUGUGGAGAAAAAAUUCCGGACAGUGCUAAAGGAUGUCACAAAUCUAUGUUGCAAGAGUUCAAAUGGAGACUGCCUGAAUGCUGCCAAAGUCCCAAAGAAGAUCAUGCGAGUUGGAAACAGUUCUCUGAAUGUGUCUAAAGUGACCACUUCAGUCGACGCUGAGGUCCAUCAAUUUCCAGCCAAGUUACCACCAAGGAGUAGCAUUAUUCGAAGUUGCUCAGACAGAAAGUUCCAUAAACAACAGCAAGGAAAUCCAACAGAAAUCAAUAGUUUUUCAAGACAAGUUGAGAAAGCUGUUUGUGAUGCAGCACCAUCGACAUCAACAAAGUUGGACUUCAUAAACAUUGAUUCUGAUCAAAAGGAUCAACAACAAUGCAGCCAAUAUGCUCUUGAGAUAUAUAACAAUUUCCGGGUUGCAGAGCUAAUUAAAAGGCCACAAUCAAAUUUCAUGGAAACCCUCCAGCGAGAUAUCACACAAAGUAUGCGAGGAAUCCUUGUCGACUGGCUUGUGGAAGUGUCUGAGGAAUAUAAGUUGGUGCCAGAUAUACUCUAUCUUGCCGUUCACUUCAUCGAUCUAUUUCUCUCUCAAAACUAUGUGGAAAGGCCAAAACUGCAGCUCCUUGGUAUCACUUGCAUGCUAAUUGCCUCGAAAUAUGAAGAGAUUCGUCCUCUACAUGUUGAGGAGUGCUGUUUUAUCAGUGACAAUACUUACACAAAAAGUGAGGUCCUGGCAAUGGAGAGUCUUGUGCUGAAGCUUCUUGGUUUCCAACUCUCAGUUCCAACUGCAAAGACCUUUCUUAGGAGAUUUUUAAGAGCAGCACAAGCUUCUUACAAGAAUCCCAGUUUGGAGCUAGAGUGCUUGGCUAAUUAUCUAGCUGAACUGACAUUGGUCGACUAUGACUUCUUGAAAUUCCUCCCUUCGGCUAUUGCUGCAUCAUCUGUAUUCCUUGCAAGAUGGACACUAGAUCAGUCAAUGCACCCAUGGAAUCCGACAUUGGAGCACUAUACAUAUUACAAGGCUCGGGAUCUGAAAACCACAGUUGUUGCAUUACAAGGCUUACAAUUGAAUACAGAAAACUGCCCUCUAAAUGCCAUACGCGCUAAAUACCGGCAAGAUAAGUUCAAGUCUGUCGCGUGUUUGUCUUCGCCAAAACUACUUGAGACACUGUUCCAAACAUGAAAUUUGAACAUAUGAUACUAACCAAAUGGAGCAUUGCUGAAACUGAAAGGGAGAUGAGCUUUUUUGUACCUUAGCCCAUUUUUGCUGUAAAGAUUUUGACACCCUAGAGAUAUACUUAAAUUGCAAGUUUAGUGGUAGGAAAGUAGCAACUUUCUCAGUUGUAUAUUCAAGAAUUCAUGCAGUUAUAUUCUUGUACAUGCUAUUUUUAACAGAGUUAAUUUUGCCAUUUUUUGUAAUUUGGGAUGAUCUAUCAUCUCCUUCAAUGCAGCAUCUAAAGGCAUUUUGGGAAUUACUA